UGGUGUGGUUUAUAUAAACGUAGCUUGUAACAUUGGCCUUACAAUAUUUUUCAAUCGAAUGUCGACAAGUGCGGCGCGUUUAAAAUGAAUCCGACUUGCACUCUCGUUUUGUCAGUGCUUAUGUGCGUAGGUUAUUCCACUUCGAGAAAAAUACCUUCGUAUGUAUCCCUAUGCCACCGCGAGGACCCGAAACUAGAACAAUGCUUCAUAAACGCAGUGGAACAAAUCCGGCCAUAUUUCCGAGAAGGAGUUCCGGACCUGUUCAUCCCUCCCAUGGACCCCCUUGUUAUACCCCAAGCCGGUCUUAACAGCGGCGACAACUUCAAAGCCUCGUUCAAAAACAUUCAAAUUUAUUACGCUGAUGAAUUUAAAAUCGAUCAUUUAAAAGUGGACCUAAAUAAAGUCCACAUUGAUUUGAUUGUCAGUUUCCCAAGGUUAAGGAUCAAAUCUACGUAUAAUAUCGAUGGAAGAAUUUUAAUUUUAACACUUAAGGGACAAGGUCCUGCUGAUGGCAAUUUUACAAAUGUGGGUGCGAAGCUGACUGUUGAUGGAGAAAGAUAUUUCAAAAAAGGGAAAGAGUUUAUUGCGAUAACCGAUAAAAAGUUGGAUUUGUCGUUAGGAAAACCUGUGUUUUAUUUUGAUAACUUUUUCCGGGAUAAUCCAGAACUGAAUGAGCAAACUAACAAGAUUAUAAAUGAAAAUAUUGUUGAUAUUUUAGACGAGUUGAGGCCUGUGGUGGAUCAGACGGUCACUGAAUUUGUUCUUGGGAUAGUGACGAGGUUAUUCAAUCGGUAUUCCAUGGAUGAACUCUUUCCUAAUUAAAUUAUUAUUUAUUUUUAUUAAGUACUCAUUUUUGUAAAAUAGGUUAAGCAAUAAAAUAUUUUUUCAGUUA